AUGCAGAGCGCAGAAUGGCCCGUACCGCCGCAGGUGCUCAUGCCGACGGCCCUCUUGAUCGUAUACCUAGUGUACAAUUAUUUAAUCUUCCCAACCCCUCAUUCAAUCGCCAAAUUAAGGUUCCUCAACGGCGAGCCCGGCGAAUGGGCGCCCCAUCUUCGGGCACUCUACCGGAACACCUUGGAUCUGAAGAAGACGCUUCACCUGCACCACACGCAGCACAAAAAUGAGACGGUCCGCGUCCCCAUCCUUGGCCCAGGCCAGAACAACUUGAUCCUGCUGCCCUCGGCCGAAAGAAAAUGGCUCGUGAGUCAGCCCGACUCCGUAGCGAGCAUGCACGAGCAGACCAUCAACCAUUUCCAAUGGGAUCUUGGCACCAUUUAUCCCACGCGAGAUCACAACGAAGUCACCAUCCACAUCGUGGCUACCAAGCUCACUCGGGAGAUGGGCAACCUGAUCCCGGCCCUCUCGGAGGAGCUGGAACUUGCGCUGGCGAAGCACUGGGGCGACGAAGACGACGCCGCCUCCGGCGGCAACGAGUGGAAGGAGGUGGGCGUUUACGACACACUGCGGCCCAUUGUGAGCCAGGCAAUCAAUCGCAUCUUCAUCGGAGAGACGCACUGCCGGGAUGAAGAGGUGCUUGACACCGGCUUCUACUAUUCAAAAGUCAUCCCCCUCGAGGCCAAUCUGCUCUGGCUGCUGCCGACCCCGCUGCGGCGUCUUCUGGCGCCUCUGGUGACCCUCCCGUCCCGCUGGUGCGAGAGAAAAUGGUUCAGGCUCACCAUCGACGAGGUCCGCAGAAGGCUGGAGGCCAGAGGCCACCGGCAACACGGCAAGGGAUCCGAGACAGGCGAUUGGCAACAUGAGGGAGAGGCAGACAAGCAUGACUUGCUGAGCUGGUUCAUUGCGUACGGGGAGUCGCAGGGCGACCCGUACCUCUUGGACCCAGAAGUCCUUUCGGCGCGCAUCUUGCUUCUCAAUGCCUUCGCGCUGCACACCAACGUCUUUGCCAUCAUGCACAUGGUCCUCGACAUCGUCGGCUCCGGCGCCGAGCAGGGCCCGAAGAUCGUGGCCCAACUUCGUCAAGAGAUCAACGAGGUCCGCGCCGCCCACGGCGAAGACCAAGGCUGGAACAAGCGGUCGCUGGCCCAGCUCGAGAGGCUAGACAGCAGCUUCCGGGAAAGCCAGCGCAUCAACACGAUCCUGAGCCUGGGCCCCUUGCGCAUCGUCGGGAAGGACGGCCUCACGACGCCUUCCGGCGUCCGGAUACCGCGGGGCUACCAGGUCGGUAUCCCGACGUACUCGAUCCACUUCGACACUGACAUCUACGGACCCGACGCGGAGGAGUUCAAGCCGUUCCGUUUCUACUACAGGAGGAAGGACGCGCGGGGGACCGGGGACAACUUGAAGGGGGCGAGGCAGGCGUGGGCCACCACGUCCGCCGACUACCUGUCCUUCGGGGCCGGCCUGAACAGCUGCCCCGGGCGGUUUUUUGCUUCUGGGAUGUUGAAGGUGCUGAUGGCGAACAUCCUGCAGCGGUACGACUUUGAGUUCCAAGAGAAGAGGCCGGAGAAUCUGUGGUUUGGGACGAACCACAUCCCGCCGAUGAGUGCAAAGAUUAGAAUCAGGAGGAGACGGCGAGAGUUCUCAGAGCAGACAGACUACUAG